AUGGGGCGCCUCUCUCGAUCCAUGGCCGCGGCCCAUGGUUUCGGUAUCUUGGAGGACACCACCACAUCUGGUCCCGAUCGCAAUGCUUCCAGCGACGCAACCGGCGCGCCCGGCUACAACCACUUUGCUAUUCUCCAAGACCGUGACACUAACAGUGGCCGAAGCACGCCGGAUUUCAUCCAUUCACUGACCGCCAAGCUCAAGGAGCUUCACAUUUACAGUCCUAAAAAGGAGCGCGCCGACAGGUCGCUACUGGCCCCCGUGCGCCGUCGUUUGCCCCGGUUGACCGUUGACACCAAGACUGUUCGGGACCUCGGCCACAUCGAGGGAGAAGCGCAACACUGCACCUCAAACUCGGCCGUGACCGCAUCUACGCAGGGACCAUUCCCUGGCGAUCUGCUUCAAGAAACCAACCCAGACGAGGGUAUCCCGUCGUCGGCUGAAACAAGUGCUUCGGCAACCGUUCCCUUUCGCCAGACGCCGAACCCAUUUGAAGCCAGCGAACCCAACUUCUCUUCCCAAGUCCUCCGCGCAGCCGACCUCGAACACCACCAUCUCGGAACCGAUCCCGGCAUCCAGACGUCUAUUGCACGGCACAAGGCAGGUCAGUAUGACUAUGUGCUUUCGGUUCUGGACCCAGACGGCAGGGCCAAGCGCGACAACUCGCCCAACGGACGGGGCGGCUUGACGCUGGGCUUUGGCUGCAACGUCUUGGUGCAGGCCGAUCGGACUCGUGGGGGUGUCUGCGGUCAAAGCAAGCCGGCUAAUGCCUACAAAAUUCUAGCCACACCUUUGGUGACCCAAGACACAGCUCGAGAAACGUCACAACCAUCUGGAGAAGCGGACAACAUGGCCGUUGCGGAGCCAGUGGUUCGGCUGAUCUCGCCAACUCCUCUUGGAGAGGAGGCUACGAUCAACAAGCCCGCUGUCUCUGUUGCCGAGCGAGGCCACGCCAAGGAGUCGUCGUUGGACUUCGUUGAAGAUCCCAAGGACAGGGUGGUUUCCAUUUCCACUGACGAGGGCAGUGCGCCCGUGGACGAGGCUCCCCGUACCCCCUCUCGGUCGACCUCGACCAGCUCGCGGUCUCGGAUCGAAGACUCCGUCGAAGCUAUUGACAGGCUCGAGGAGGAGUUGGAGGCCGUGAACAUUGCCGCACGACUGGCAACGCCCAGCAAGUCGGGCCGCGUCCGGCCUGCAACAGACGAUGCCACGAACGCGACCGCCACGCCCAUUAAGCGAACGUCCUCAACGUUGAAGCGUACCCAGUCAAUCGGCGCUGGAGCCAAGCCUGCCCCCCAAGCACGCACCGCGCAGAGGAAGUCGGUCUCGGCGACAGACAGCGACGCCGCGAAGGCGUCACCAGGAAAGUCACCAUCCAGGAAGCUACCUCUGACUCGCCCGACCAGCUUGCUGCCACCCAAGCCGCCAGCCAAAUCCACAAAGCCCCCUACCAGGCCCUCCUUCGAGCUGCCGGGAGAGGCUGUCGCCCGACGCAUCAAGGAACAGCGCGAGGCCCGCCUUGCUCAACAGGCUGCAAAGGCCGCGCCGCCGACACCCCAGCGAAGCAGGUCAUUGAAGGUGCCGACGCGGCCCAACUUUGAGCUCCCCGGCGAGGCCAUCUCGCAACGCAAGAGGGCGGAGCGGGAGGCCCGGCUCAAGGCGCAGGAGGAGGAGGAGCGAAAGCGGCGUGAGUUCAAGGCGCGCCCUAUCAAGGCGAAUCUUGGUUCCGCUGCACACCCCCGAGAGACCGUGACCAGUCGUGCCCGUCAGAACAAGGGGUCCGAGGCGAACAACGGUCAAGUCGAGGAAAGCCCUUCCAAGCGCACGUCGAUGCUCGGCACCCCGCGCAGCCUUGCGAGAACCUCUUCAACCAGGUCGCCUCAGACCCGCGGCAGGGACACGUCGCAGACGUCUGCCAUGGCGGACCAGCCCAGCCGUGCCACGUCGACAUCCACGAGCAGCAUGAGUAGCAAGCGGAGCACGCUGUCGGUCGAGGAGCUGGAGCACCAGAGACUCAAGGGCAGGGAGAUAUUCCAACGCGAUAAUUGCUACAUCGAGGACAAGGAGCGAGAGCGUCGUGAACGGGAGUGGAAUGCUAAGAUGGCUCGCGAGCAGGCCGCCGAACGCUCUAGGCAAGCCAGUCGAGAGUGGGCCGAGAAGCAGAGACGUAAGCAGCUCGCCGCCAUGGCUGCCAUGGCCGGUCAGGCGGCUUGA